AUGUCCGCGUCGUACCAGAAGCUCGCGCAGAGCGAAGACGGGAUCCCUUCUGCACCACCCGCUGCGAGCGAGUCUACGCUUGCACGUCGUCUACGUCUACUCGCCAUCGUGCUUCUUGCACUCAACGUUCUGCUCGCCGCUGCAAAUGGCGCCAUGACCUUGCGCAACGGUGCCGCACUGCACCGCGUGCUCCCCGCAUUCGAUGUGCAUAGUCUACCUACGCCUGAUCAGUAUCAGGGUCUACCGGAACACUCGCGUAACAAAACCGUUGUUUUGCGCGACGAGAAUGGCAAUCUCAUCUACCCGUCAAGAGAAAAGGCUCAGACCCGUCGCGACUUCCUUACAGAUAUUCUCGGACGUUGA